GACAUCAAAAUGGCUUUGCCUAGAAACCAAGGCCAUUGGUCCAACACAGACAUCUUGAGGUUACUGGAAUGCAUGGAGAAUAAUCUGCCAUCUGAUGACAAGGGCACGUUCAGCUCAACUCAGUCACACAUGGACUGGGGAAAAGUAGCUUUUAAAAACUUUUCUGGUGAAAUGUGCAGACUCAAAUGGUUAGAGAUUUCUUGCAGCUUGAGAAAAUUCAGCACUUUGAACGAAUUAGUCCUGGAAGCUAAGAAAUGUGUUAAAAAUACAAACAAAAGCCAAAAAGGCAGGAACCAUCCAGACUUUCCAAAGAGGCCCCUUACUGCUUAUAUCCGCUUCUUCAAGGAGAAUUGGCCCCAGUACUCCCAAAUGUACCCUGGGAUGAGAAGCCAGGAACUGACCAAAAUCCUGUCAAGGAAAUACAAGGAGCUCCCAGAGCAGAUGAAACAGAAAUAUAUUCAGGAUUUCCAGAAGGAAAAGCAAGAAUUUAAGGAAAAACUUGCUCGAUUCAGGGAAGAACACCCUGAUUUAGACCAGAAGGGCAAGAAAUCUGAUGUCUCCAAGAGGAUUCAAACCAAAGUGCAAAAGAAGGUUCAGAAAAAUAUUGAAGAAGUGAGGUCUCUUCCAAAAACAGAUCAAUUUUUCAAGAAGGUAGAAUUUCAUGGAGAGCCUCAGAAACCACCCAUGAAUGGAUACCACAAGUUUCACCAAGAUUCCUGGUCAAGUAAGGAGCUGCAACGUUUGUCCCUGAGGGAGCGCAUGGUAGAGAUUGGCAGACGCUGGCAGCGCAUCCCGCAGAGCCAGAAGGAUCAUUAUAAGAGCCAGGCUGAGGAGCUACAGAAGCAAUACAAAGUGAAAUUGGAUCUCUGGCUCAAGACUUUGUCACCUGAAGACUAUGCUGCAUACAAAGAAUCGACCUAUGCUAAGGGUAAGAAUAUGGCGAUGACAGGAGGCCCGGCCCCAAGCUUGAGACAAACAGAUCCGCAGUCCUCAUCAGCAAAGGGUCUGCAAGAAGGGUUUGGGGAGGGGCAGGGACUCCAGGCUGCAGGAACAGAUGCAUCACAGACUAUUUCCGUAAACUGUCAUGUCUCCACGGAACCAGAAGAGAACAGGAAGAAAGAUGGCGAAGAGGAAGAAAGCAGUAACUCUUUAGACUGCAGCAGUGGAGAAGAAAUAGAAGUUGAUGUCUGA